AUGGUCGAGAGCCCCAAGUCCGAAGCAUCGCAUGAGUCGAGCCCAGCGGCAGGGAGACAUCACGCCGCCAAAGACAAAGAAUGCCAAUACUGUCACCAGCACUUCACCUCGUCUUCGCUGGGCCGCCAUCUUGACCAGUUCAUCUUCCGGAAGAAGCCAGAUGGCGUACACAAUGUGGAGGAAAUCCGGAGACUCCGCGGCGGUAUCACCAGACGAACAACAAAAGGCGGAGCAAACAGCAAACAUGAUCGAGAAGGAUCCCUCUCGACGUCCCAUAUCACCUCUCCUCUUCAUCGAGACUCUCCGGCAGAGGAUGUUCGCGAAGAUCUCAAUGCGACACCAGUGGAGGGCUACCGGAUCCGAGUCAAUGGGCCCAAUUGGCAGUCUACGGGCGUGAUCAAUGGCCUACCAGGCUCGAGCACGGUGAGCCCUGCGUUGGAACAUAUGACAUCCACGACCGGCAAGCGAAGUUAUUCGAGCAUUGAGACUGCUGCUGCCAAGGACAUACUCGGGUUGAGAGGCGAUCUUGGAUCGGAGAAGGACACGGCGAGGGCGUUGGAGCUGGCAUUGCGAGAAGUGCUUGAUACCAUUCAAGCUGCACACGUGCAAACAAAGCCUGCUCCCUCCCCCUUUCCCAUCGACGUCCAAUCUUACACCUUCCCCUCCCUGGUCUUACACCUGCUCCCACCACCUCCCACCCUCCUCACGUCUGCCACACCCUUCGCCUCGCCAAACUCCUUUCCCAUCUCCUCUCCACCAGAUCACACGCACCUUAACCUUCUCUGCUCCACUAUUACAUCGCUAAUCACAACCUGGAAAUCCAACCUCCUUAAUUCACCCCUUCCGCCUAACUACCCAGACACAGCCACUUACACUACGCACAUCCAUAAUACCGCCUCAACUCACACAGGCACCGCCCUAAAUCACCUGGACCUCGCCUACAAGCACUACACCUCCCUCCCCCAGCACCAACAACAUGAGAUCUGGCAAAUCGAGCUGGCACGAGCCUACGUGUCCGAGAAACAAAAAAGAAAAGAGGUGGAAGAGAGUCUCGAAGCCGUCAUGGUUGAAGCGCGGCAGCUGAGCGGCCAAGUCGAGUGUCUCAGCCGGUGUCAGUGGCCGAGGGAGAUGGCGUUGUGGCCGCCGGAGAGAAGACCAAUCCGGAGCAAUGUUAUCAGAGAGAUUGACAGUGGUACGAUCAGAUACGGUAAGAGGAGGAGCAUGCCAACACCGGGCCAAGGAAGCGCCGCAGAAGCCGACGCGCAGCAGCCGCUCGACGAUUCGGACGCCGAAGACAAACGAUGGGACUACGACCGCCUUGUCAGCAAAUGGAAAAAGGUAGUCCGCGAAGACGCAAUCCGGAAACGAAGCCUAACCCUCCCCGCGCCAGCAUACACGCCACCUGUCCCGACCACCAAAAGCGGCAAUAAGACCAUAGAAACCCCCACUUCUCACCCAAACAACGCCAAUACACCCGCCUCAUCAACCGCCCACGCAGCAGCAGCAGCAGCACCACCCACCACGACAGGUACCAAACCAACAAAGAAAGAAGACUCCAAUCCGCACUUCGAGCCCUGGUGCAAGAAACCGCGUCUCGUGAUGGAAGAGAGCAAUGACUGCAUCAUGGACUCCCCGCGUUCCAAUACUCAUCACCAACCUCAGCCUCAACAGCAGCACCAGCAGCAGCAGCGGACACAAUCGAAUUUGGGGGAUUUAAUUGCGGAGGCUUCCGGCCAGAGGAAUGGCCUUCUUGGUCAUCAGAAGCAGCAGCAGCAGCAGCAGCAGCAGCAGCAGGGGCAGGGGCAUUAUGACGGUAAUGGUGGUGGUGGGUUUGCAUUCGGGAACGGGACCGGGAACGGAAAUAGGGAUGGUGAAGGGGCUGUUGGUGGUCGGAAUGGAGACGGGUAA